UUGGGCACAUUCGCGGUGUGGGCGCUGUACAACACCCGUGCGGCUCCCGUAGCGCCGCGGCCGCUCACAUUGCUCGCAAGUCACAACGUCCCGAGACCACGUCUACAGCGUACGUCCGUGAGUCAGGUCGCGGGCAGUUUGGAGGUGCGAUGCGAUCCCGGUCGCGGCAUACCGGUGGCACUACAGCUGACGACCAACGACCACAAUCGCAGGGACAGCAUGUCGGCGGCCCGCUGUUGAACCAAUUAUCUGCUCAGCGGUACGGCGGCGGUCGUCGGUCGUAUAACAUCUCCUGCACCACUGCAGCGGUAAUACCCGAAAAUGAGCCUAAAGAAAAAGCCCAAAGAAGACGACCACGAAACACUGGCCGGAGAAGAAGCAGCUGAGGAUGGACAGCAGUACGUGCUCGUGCCCCCAGAUGGUGGGUGGGGCUGGUUGGUGUUGUUGGGUAGUACGUUGGUAAACAUGUUGAUACCCGGCACUCUUAAGUCAUUCGGUGUGUUGUUUGUGGAGUUUACCGAAGAUUUCCACGCACCUGAGACCGAAGCCUCUUGGAUACCAGCCAUCUGCUAUUUCCUCUACUGUUCCUUGGGUCCUGUAUCGAGUUACUUGUCGUCCAUAUACUCAUACCGUACGGUGACCCUAAUCGGAGGCACUCUAGCUUCUUUGGGUCUGAUGCUGUGCUAUUUCGCCAACUCCAUCAAAUAUCUUUAUUUCAGCUAUGGCGUCUUGUUCGGAUCCGGUGCUGGCUUAGCAUUCCCGCCGGGUAUAUUCAUUGUCACUUCGUACUUUGUCAAGUACAGAGGAUUCGCAAACGGCGUGGCUAUUUCGGGCAGUUGUUUGGGUUCAAUGUUUUUGCCACCGUUCCUGGGCUAUUUAAUCGAAAACUACGGAUUCAGAACGGCCGUGCUGUUACUCGGAGCGCUCACGUUAAACGUUUGGGUGGGAGCGUCUCUGUACCAUCCGGUAGAACAGCACAUGGUUAAACAGUACUCGGACGACGUAUUGACGGGCACGGUGGAAGUGGACAGGAUAUCCACGAUCUCGGCGGACGAGAACAGCUCUUCGAUGGUGGACGUACUAUCGGCGAACGGCGUGUACUCUAGGCGGGGCAAGUCAGAGUCGCCGAUGGUGGCGCAACGACAAGAGACGGUUUCGUUACUGGCCCAAAACCUAAACGGGUGCGUCAUCAUCAACGAGCUGAACGCGACCAGCGUGAAGAUACCGCGGGACGACAGGUUUCUGUCCGCGGUGUUGGUGGACAAGCAGUCGGAAAAAACAACGUUUAGUAGCUGCAGUCUAUUGCGGAUUGAUCAUCAAGCGACCGAGCGAAACAAAGUGAACGUUUCGCUAUCGUCGCUGCGAUACGUGAGCACGCCGUUUCACGGCAGCACGCUGGUGAGUUUGUACGGAGAAUCGCAGCCGAAGAAGUCCGAUAACGGGUGCACCUCGUCGUCGUCGCCGCUACGAAAACUGAAACUACUGUCCGACCCGGUUUUCAUAAUCAUACUGGUGUCCAACGCCACCACGGCCAUCGGGUACACGAACACGGCCAUACUGCUGCCAUCGUACGCCAUCGGGAUCGGACACGACAAGACCAGCUCGCAUUACUUGCUGUCCGUGGUGGCGGUUUUGGACCUGGUCGGCCGUAUCGGCGGCUCCACGCUGUCCGAUUGGGUGCCGCUAGACAAGCGGUACUACUAUCUGAGCGGGCUGGUGCUGUCCGGGUUGUCGCUGUUCGCGCUGCCUUUCGCCGAGACGUACGCCGCCAUGUGCUGGGCGUGCGCCGCGUUCGGACUGGGCUCCGGCGUGGUGAUUGGCAUCACCGCCGUCAUCAUGGUGGACAUGCUCGGCGAGGAACGGCUGUCGUCGUCGUACGGCAUAUCGUUACUGUGCAACGGCAUCAUGCAGUUAAUCGGGCCGCCGGCGGCCGGCUACAUCUAUGAGACGAUCGGAUCGUACAAGCCCGUGUUCCACGGUAUGGGCAUCAUACUGCUGUUCGGCGCGUCCGUCUGGGCGCUGGUGCCGUUGUUCAAGAAAAACGGGGACAAUCGUUAAUGGAAAAAUGAGAAAAUUACCGACGGCAAAACAGGGAGGCAAUGAGAAACAACGUUCGGAUGCGAUCGACUUUACCCGCACCGCGAAUGGCGACUGAUUUUUAUUGAAAUUGACUUUGUCGAAAAGCUCAACACCUGUACCGCGUAUACACCGUGCGCUAAUAAUAUCAUAUUUUAUCGUCCACUCGACCGGCUGGUGCAGGCGUGGCAACCGUUAUUUUAUACCUACAAACGAUAUAUUAUAUUAUUUUGUAAACGUAACGAAAUAUAAAGUGUAUACAAAUUUAUA